UAAGUGGCGUUCUCCUAAAAAGAUGGGACUCAGAAAUGUUUAGGCAAGAUGGGGAAGCUAAUCCGGAAAAAUAAACCGCACCGUUACUUGGGCUCUGGCCCCAAACCUGCUUUUUUGCCAUUACUCGGGCAUAAACUGCCGCUCGCGGGGGCGGUGACAAGACCUGCCCCGCCCCUCAAAGGAGAGCAUGCCCUCACUCAAGAUGGCGCCUAGAAGGCUUCAGACCUGGUACAGUGCUCAUUGGAUGAGGCUCAGAGGACUUCCGGGAGUUUCUAAGGCCGCUGUGGGACAGCUGAGAGUUUUCCACGUGGAUUGGGGUUCGGGAGGGCGAGAUGGAGAGAGCCCCCAAGCCAGGCAGAGAUGUCCCACCCAAGAAGGACAAACUUCAGGCCAAGAGGAAGAAACCGCGGCGAUAUUGGGAGGAAGAGACCGCUCCGACCACAGCCCGAGCCUCUCCAGGGCCCCCUCGUAACAAGAAGAGGAAUCAGGAGCUCCGCCCCCAGAGACCAAAGACCACUCACAUCCUAAAGAAGUCUCGGAUCUCUAACAAGCCGCAGGUCCCGAAGAAACUCAGAAAACGGAAAAAUCCAGAUCCCCAGCGGAGCUUGUCUGGGGCCCAGGACCCAUUCCCAGGCCCCGCUCCCGUGCCUGUGGAGGUGGUACAGAAGUUCUGUCGCAUUGACAAAUCCAAAAAGCUACCACAUUCGAAGUCCAAAACCCGAAAUAGACUUGAGGUGGCUGAAGCUGAGGAAGAGGAAACAAGUGUCAAAGCUGCUCGUUCUGAGCUACUGCUUGCUGAGGAACCUGGGUUUUUGGAAGGAGAGGAUGGGGAAGACACAGCAAAGAUACUCCAGGCUGACAUCGUGGAGGCUGUGGACAUUGCAAGUGCAGCCAAGCACUUUGACUUGAAUCUGCGGCAGUUUGGACCCUAUAGACUGAACUACUCUCGAACUGGGAGACACCUGGCUUUUGGAGGGCGUCGGGGUCAUGUGGCUGCCCUUGACUGGGUGACAAAGAGGCUUAUGUGUGAGAUCAACGUCAUGGAGACAGUGCGGGACAUCCGGUUUCUCCAUUCUGAGGCACUGCUUGCUGUCGCUCAGAACCGCUGGCUUCACAUCUAUGACAACCAGGGCAUUGAGCUCCACUGCAUCCGCCGCUGUGAUCGAGUAACACGGCUUGAGUUCCUGCCUUUCCACUUCCUCCUGGCCACAGCUUCAGAGACAGGGUUUCUGACUUACCUGGAUGUAUCGGUGGGGAAGAUUGUGGCAGCUCUGAAUGCUCGGGCUGGGCGGCUCGACGUCAUGACUUGGAACCCUUACAAUGCCGUUAUCCAUCUUGGACACAGCAAUGGCACUGUGUCUUUGUGGAGUCCAGCUAUGAAGGAACCGCUGGCAAAGAUUCUCUGUCACCGUGGUGGGGUACGCGCUGUGGCAGUGGAUUCUACAGGCACGUACAUGGCCACCUCUGGCCUGGACCACCAGCUGAAGAUCUUUGACUUGCGAGGGACAUUCCAGCCUCUGAGUGCUCGGACCCUGCCCCAGGGAGCAGGGCACCUGGCCUUCUCCCAGAGGGGACUGCUGGUUGCGGGAAUGGGCGAUGUCGUCAACAUCUGGGCAGGGCAGGGCCAGGCCGGCCCACCCUCCCUUGAGCAGCCCUACCUCACCCACCGGCUCUCAGGCCCUGUGCAUGGCCUUCAGUUCUGCCCCUUUGAAGAUGUGCUAGGGGUGGGCCACAGUGGGGGCAUCACCAGCAUGCUGGUCCCUGGAGCUGCUGAGCCCAACUUUGAUGGCCUGGAGAGUAACCCAUACAGGAGCCGGAAACAGCGCCAGGAGUGGGAGGUGAAGGCCCUGCUGGAGAAGGUACCUGCAGAGCUUAUUUGUCUGGACCCACGAGCCCUGGCGGAGGUGGAUGUCAUCUCUUUGGAGCAGGAAAAGAAGGAGCGGAUAGAGAGGCUGGGCUAUGACCCCGAAGCUAAGACUCCCUUCCAGCCAAAGCCAAAGCAGAAGGGCCGCAGCUCUACAGCAAGCCUGGUGAAGAGGAAGAGGAAGGUCAUGGAUGAGGACCACAGGGACAAGGUCCGGCAGAGCCUUGAGCAGCAGCAGCACAAGCAAAAGAAGGCCAAGCCCUCAAGGGCCCGGCCAUCUGCCCUGGACAGAUUCGUGCACUGAGCCAGGUUCUAGGGUGCCCUGGGAACAGUCUUUCCCCAAGAUCACCAGUAGGGAAAUGACUGUCCCCUGGAAUGAGGGGGCAAUGUGCUCCCUUCCUCAAUUGGAGGUAGACACCUGGCUCUUCGGGUGGGUUGGUAAUAAAGAGGAAAAUGAUUUUUUUGGA